AUGAAUUUCAAAAGUGUUGUCUUGUUGGCAGGUUUUGUUACAUUUUCAAUCUGUGGUCCGGUUGUUUUAGAUGGCGGUGAGGGAUUUUGAAAUUUUGGGAGGAAAUCUGUGUUUCAGAAGACACAACAGUUCAAACUUCGACAGCUGGAAGUUCAGUUCAGACAAGUCCAGCUGGAAGUUCAGCUCCAACAUCGGCUCAAACUAGUCCAGCUGGAAGUUCAGUCCAAACUUCGACAGCUGGAAGUUCAGCUCAGACUACCCCAGCAGCAACAUCGGCUCAAACUAGUCCAGCAGCAAUUUCGGCUCAAACUUCGACAGCUGGAAGUUCAGCUCAGACUACCCCAGCAGCAACAUCGGCUCAAACUAGUCCAGCAGCAACGUCGGCUCAAACUUCAACAGCUGGAAGUUCAGCUUCAACAUCAGCUCAAACUAGUUCAACUGGAAGUUCGGCUAAAACUACCCCAGUAGCAACAUCAGCUCCAACAUCAGCCCAAACUAGUCCAGCUGGAAGUUCAGCUCAGACUAGUUCAGCUCAGACUAGUCCAGCUGGAAGUUCAGCUCAAACUAAUCCAGCUGAAACUUCAGCCCCAACAUCGGCACAAACUAGCCCAGCGGGAAGUUCUGUUGGAACUUCGGUUGGAACAUCAGCCAAAACAACGCCUGCUGGAACUCCAGCUCCAACAUCAGCCGAGACUACUCCAUCCACAAUCCAAUCAACAACCCAAUCUGCCUCAUCAAUUUCAAUUUUCCUCACAAUGAUCCUAGCUUUACACGCCAUAAUCUAA